AUGACAGCUCAGAAGGUGACACUGACCAUUCCCUGGUGUAGAGCAAAGUAAAACUACAGGCAAAGAGAAUCUACCACACAAAGACUAUGUGCAAACCAUGCCUCGACGCCAGCAAGACUCGCGAUGCACAGAAAGUGGAGGAGUUCAUAACUACGCUUGAGAAAUCUCUCCCCCAGCCUCUCUAUUGGAAAAGUCCAAGAAAGAUUGAAUUACUUCAGGGAUGCAGUCAAUGGAUCAGCCAUGCCAAACUUCGGCAAGAAGAAAAACAAAUCUGCAGACUGUUCGAGGGGCAUAUAGAGACAAUAACUGCAGCAAUAGAAGAAAAGAGAAAAUGGUUAACUGGAUAAAAUACCUGCCCAAGUGAACAAAAUCUACAGGUUCUACAGGCAGCACGUAGUAACGUGCAAACGAUGCAACAGACGCUGUGCAAAUGAAUACUGGCCUGAACUCUGUGCUAGUAUUCAUUCUGCUGUUGAGACAUAUUAUUAAGGCCAUAUCUACGAUGAAAUCAAGCAGGCACUCGGUAGCUCUCAGAAAAAAAAAACAGCCCCCUUAAAUUUUGCUACGGGCGAGAUAAUCCAGGACCGAGCGCAACAGAUGGAGCGCUGGGUAGAACAUUACUCUGAGCUGUCUGCCAGAGAGAAUAUGGUGUCUUUGGAAGCACUGAACGCCACAGAUUGCUUACUCUGGAUAAUGAACCUACUAAAGUGGAGCUGA